CAAGUGAAAGUUUGUUGUUCAGCACAGUGUCCGCUGUCGGGUGGAUCCACUCCGGCGCUCUUCACUUCUGCUUUGGCGUCGCUGGAUAUCAGGGUAGCAGGAGUUAUUCGCAAUCAUCAGAAAGGCUGAUUACUAUAGGCUACUGAACGUUUAAUGGUUUCUUUUUAUUUGAUGUUGUUAUUGUGACACAAACCCGCAGUGAUGGAUAUCUUUUGGAGAGGAUUCUGCACUUUUCUUUUCACAACACUUGUUUUUGAAGAAGUGACAGGACUCAUGAUAAGGAACGAAGAGCUGAAAAAGUGUGUAAGGGUAAAUGAAGAUCAGGUCAGCAGCAGGCUAACUCUACAGGAGUGCAGAGCAGAUUCAGCUCUGCAAGAGUGGCUCUGGAACCCAGAGACUCGCUCCCUGAGCAACCCAAAAACAGGAGGGUGUUUAACUGCAACCCAGAUCCAAGAGCAUGAGAGCCUGUGGUUGCAGGAGUGCAGAUCUGAAGAGGAGGAUCGUGAGGGCCAGUCCUGGGGCUGCUCUAAAAAGGGUCUCCUCACAUUACAUGGCAAGGGUCUGCACCUGAGCGCGCGUCAUGAUUCCACCAAAGUCUUCCUUUCCAAAGAUCGUGGGAAAGGCAGCAAGUGGAGGACGCUGGCUAAUCUUACGGUAUGCGAGGAGACAGAGAGCACACAUCAAAACCAGAAUGUGUUGCAAGAGUCUCAACAGACCCUUUCGACUGGACCCCGAAUCCUCACUCAAAUUCGCUAUUGGCAUUCUGGGAGUAAUGUCCAGACCUCCAAAAUAAAGUCCACUGAAGCGACACAGACUUCAGAUUCAACGGCUGGAACUCAAAGCAGCGCAGAGCCAAGAGAUCCUUCUGUUAAUGUCUUUACAACAGACUAUGGUACGGGCUGGAAAAUGACAAUGUUGCUUCUUAGCAUCUUGGCCCUGUUACUCGGACUUGUGAUCCUCACCCUUAACAUCUACCAGAACAGGAGGAAGAAGACAGUGGUGGUGUUGAAAUCCUACACACCGACAGGAGAUGCCAGUCUGCCAGGGUCUCCAGUGCCCAGUGAGAGAGCCCCUCUAACCAGACACCCUAUGAAACCCGCUCAGUCCCCCUCCAUUCAGCGGGGUGAGAUCCUUGUAGAGUGGAAAGAUGGAACGGUCACCCCUCUGUUUGAAACAUAUUUAACCGAUUAAACUGUGGUCGAGACUAAAGGCCUGUUCAUACCAAGUUAUACGUUUACCAAUAACUGUUCUGGCAUCUUCAUGAUUUGCUGCUCAACUCUUUAGCGAAUCGUAGAUUCUGAUAGGCCUUCAAUGAAAAACUUUUUAAAAUAGAUUUCAACAAUAAACACUUUUAGAAAGAAAGGAACAAAAACUGGUAUCUUUUUUUUUUAAGGUACAUUUAAUUACAUAAAGGGUCCAUAUUGGUACCAUAAAAGCAAAUAUUCAUAUCUAAAAAUUUAACAUGGUACACUGUACUUUUAAUAUGCACAUUUAUGGUACCAAUAUGGACCCUACAGGUACAAAAAUGAGGCAUUUGAAAUGUACCAUUCCAGUGAUAGCUUUUGUUCCUUUAUUUUUGAAAGCAUAUUACUGCUUUGUGUUGUUAUUGUUUUGGUUGCUAUUAUUUUAAAUAUGGAACUGUUUUUAUAUUAUUGUUGGUAUAGUUUUCACUUUUCAGCCUUGGUGUGAACGAGCCUUAAAAGUCCUGUAUAAUUAAAAUCACCAUGUUAGUCCUAUAAGGAUAUGCCAAUGUGCUCCAAAACAAAAUUUCCAUUUAAAAGAUAUAAACAUUCAAAGCUUAUGGUUUGUCACUUCCGCCUAAAUGGAUCAAGAUGUUGACAUUACCUCAUACUUCAAGUUUGCUUUAAAUCUUCUGACCAAUCAAAUGCUCUUUAGUAUCUGACAUGUUCUGCCCCUUUCAAGAUGGACUUGAUGCACUUGAUCUCAAUGCUAUUGGCCAACACAUGCUCAUUUUGUAUACGUACCCUGUCUACUUUUCUGGAGAGUGCGAAUUAUGUAGCCAGAGGUACGUAUGGCUGCAUUUCAUCUUUAAAGUGAAUGCUACGGGGCAGUAUGACGCCGCCUGCAGCUUUUGUUCCUGUAGUGAUACCAGCUGAUCACUUACCUCUGUAUGGACGGCUGUUUCUGUGUAACCAGUUUGGACGUGGAGCUGAGUUGACUGUGAUGACAAAGUUCAAAUCUGGUGAAGAACAGUUCCAGAAACCAGGUAAAACUAAGGAAAAAAUAAAUAAAUAAACAACAGGCUGAAAACGUGGUAAAAUCA